CACAACACCAAUUAACUUAUUUUAUAUUCAAAAUGAUGCGAUACGAGGAAGAAGGCGAAACAUUGAAGGAUAAAACGCGUUGCGCAAACAUACGCGCUGAUUUAAAAAUGUGUUUGCUCGAAAGCGAUUGCUGUAAAAUUCAUAAGCGUACUCCCAAGGAAUGCCUUAAAACAUACGAUGGCACGGUACCUGAGAAAUGUUACGCCUUGCGCAAUGUAUUUUUUGACUGCAAACAUUCUAUAAUUGAUGGCAGACGACGCUUUAGAGGUCCUAAAGGAUACUGAUUAACAAGUAAGAUGUAUCUAUGUAUAUAUAUUUAUGUAUAUAAUUUCUAAUAAAAAUGUAAUUUACAUAUCUCUAAGAAA